AUGGGGCGCCGCGGAAACCGCGACCGCGACGACGGCGAGGUCUUAUCCUUCCGCGAGUUUGCGAUCCGCCACCUCGGCGACGACGUCGGCCCCGCGGAGGCGGAGCGCCGCUACGAGCAAUACCAGAGCGACCACGCGGAGGGGUUCCGACGGAAAAACUUCGCCGAGUACAAGGGCGAUCCCGAGCUCGCCAAGAAGUACGAUCCGCGAUCGCUGCGCGAGCCGCUGAAGAAAAGAGACGACGCCGUCGUCGAGGCAGCCGCGGCGCACCACGCGGACCUCGAGUCCGGCGCGAUCGCGCUCCCCGCGCCCGCGGGGGGGGGGGACGGCGACGACGCGGGAGGAGGAGGAGACGAUAAGAUGAUGGACGCCGCCGCCGAAGACGACGGCGGCGCCGCAACCGCCGCGCCGGCGACGGCGGACGACCCCGUGAAGAAGGACUCGCGCGGGCGCUUCCCGGUCCCCCCCGAGUCGUGGCACCCCGCGCGGCUCGCGCGGGACCUGCGCCAAGCGCACCGGCUCGUCCGCGCGCUCGACGCGGAGAAGGGCGUGGAGGCGAACCCGCUCGGUCAGGCGGCGGAGGACGACGACGACGCGCUCCGAGCCGUCCUCGACGCGGCUGAUCCGACGGACGCCGCGAAGACUAAUAAGCACGCCCCGACCGCGACGACCGACGAGAAGAAGGACGCGGACGACGCCGUCGACGAAGACGACGCGAUGGGAGAGGCGGCGCCGCCCGCGGACGACGCGGACGGCGGCGACGGCACCGGCGGCGUCGCCGCGGACGUCCUCGCGUCGCUGCUCGACGCGCGUAUAUUUUACCUCUGGCGCGCGCACGGCGUGGACUACUACGCCGCGAAGGAGCUCACCGUCCACGAGUACCUGACCGCGCCGCCGGCGACGCGCGCGGGGGUGGAUGCGAGCUGCCUGACGCGCCCCGCGAAGCCGAGCGACGAGGAGCUGGAGAGACGCGCGGAGGAGGAGACGCGGAGAGACGCGGAGGCGGCGCGAGGCUUCCAGUCGCCGGCGAGACGGUGGGCGAACCGUCUCGAUCGGUGGACGCGCGAUCGGCUCACGCUGGGCGACCCCGCGCGGAAGAUGCUCGGCGAGGCGAGGCUCGAGCGCGAGCUCGGCGAGUGGAUGGAGUCGUGCGUCGUUCGACACGAGGAGAACAGGUUCGGGUGCACGCUGAGCGCGAAGUUGUUCGUCGGGGUCGAGUACGUCAUAAAGCACAUCAAGACGAAGCAGACGGAGCACGUGGAGGCGCAGACGGAGAAGAUUCUCGAUCAGAUUUACCUCGAGAAUUACCUCGCCGGCGCGAGAGAGGAAGACCGGGAGGCGAAGAGGAAGGGGCGGGCGGCGGCGCGCGAAGCCGGGCGCGAAGCCGCGGGCGGCGACCGCGGCGGCGACCGCGGCGCCGGCGACCGCGGCGGACGCGCGGACGACGAUCGGCGCGGCGGCGACCGCGGCAGAGGCGCCGGCGACCGCGGCCGCGGCGGCAGGAACAACAGCAUGCUCGGCGGCGCGCAGGAGCUCCAGCCCGGGAUGAUGUUUAUGCCCGUCCCCGGCGCCGGUCCCUUGGGGCCGUUCGUGCAGGUGCCCGUCGGAUCGCAGCAGCCCGGCGGCGAGACCGGCGGCGGCGCCGCGGCCGCGGCGCCGCCGAUCCCGACCGGGCCGAUGGUGAUGAUGGCGCCGGGCGGGAGCGGCGGCGCGCGCGCGGUCGGGAAGAAGAACUACACCGAUCUCGACGCGCCGGCGUCGACCAGGGUCGUCCUCGAUUACGGCGACAUCUGA